GCAUGUCUGUGUCUGAGUCGCUCUCAUGCCUCAGCUGACAGUCGUCCACGCCACAGGUCAGGGGACGGCAGGACGGGGAGGCUGUAAAUGGAUGGAGGUGGUCAGAGAGGACGGAGAGGCUGAAGAGAGGAGAGGAAAUCUGAAGAGUUUAAAUCCACCACCAGUGGAUGCUCAGCCAGAUGUCACAUCCUGGUCCCAGAUUGUGCGUACUCUGCGACCCUGGAGAAGCUACUGGUACUUUGGUCCAGCAGGUGUAGUGUGGUUAGUCUGCCAAUUGGAGACGCUGCCACACACCACUCUCUCCCUGGCAGAUGUGUGCUGGAGGCUGCUGUUGGUGUGCUUCCUGUGGGUGGUGCUGGGAGGCUGUGUUCAGGCCCUGAGGUGCUGCCUGCAGCCAGGACGCAACCAGGGGGAGCCACCAGAGGGGAAACAGCAGGAGGAGGUGACGGAAAACAGAAACAUCCAGUAUUCAUGGGCGUCCCAGUCCCAGAGCCCAGGCCUCCACGUCCCUCUGGCCCUCGCCCUGGCCAACAGCCUGCUGCUGUGUGUCCUCCAGGAGCCCCUCCCAGACCCCAGUGUCCCCCACAUCCAGGCUCUGCUCUCCAGGCUGGAGCCAGUGUCUCUUGCUGUUGAGGAGGCUGAUCCUGGAUCAGAGGUGACACUGGACGAGGUGGACGGAGGCUCCACACUGAACCACAAAGUGAAGCUCUUCUGCACCUACCUACAGCAGAGGAUGAGGUCGCUGCGUACUCUUGUCCAGGUGCAGGGGGAUUUCGAGGCCAGUGUGAAGGACAUGCUGGAGGGUCUGGACGGCCUCUGGGCUCAGCUGGAGGAGCUGCACACCGGGGUCACACUAACCAAAGAGGGGGGUCGAGGCCAGGGAGACGUGGCUCUGGCUCGGACAGACACAGAGAAUUUAUUUGCAGUCCUGAGUCACUACAGGAACAGACUUCAGUGCUGCCAGACUCAUCUGAACGACGGCACGCAGCUGCUGCAGGAGUUAACGUGGAGUCACACUCACAUCAGCCACAGUGUGAGCAGCAGCAGUGAGUCCGUCUGGCCCGAGCUGCUGCUUCAGUCCAACAUUGAGCAGUUUGACAAGGUGCAGGAGAGUUUCUUCUCCUUGGAACAACAAAUAUCUACGUUCCAGGCCCACCUGGAGGGACUUAGGAUGGGGGAUCAGGAAGGACAUGCAAGGCUCCUGGCUUCUGCCAAUGGGACCGAUUCAUGUCCAGCCUCUCCAGAGACUUCCCCACGUCUGGAACACACAAGUGAUGCGUCACUGGAGCCUUAUUCAACCUCUGCAUCAGCGUCUGUGUCCUCGAUGGAAACGGACAUGGAAGAAGACACUCCUCUCUCACUGUGUGAGAGGUCAGCUUUGCAGUUCUCCUCCACUUUUGGACACCUGCGUAAAUCUGGAAGGAGGAAGUGAACUUUCCUUUUUAUAAACAUGUGCUUGUAUGUGUUUAAAAAGAGGAUUUUCAUUUUCAAAUGUUGAUCAUUUGCUGGUUUCCUCAAAAAUUUGUAUUUAUUGCCGUUGUGUUACUUUUCCCUUUGUUGUAUCAGAAUCCAGAAUUUUGUCAUCUUCUCUUAAUAUUUAAUCUCAAAGAUGAGCACGAUUUUAAACACAAGGGGGCGCACCCCCACCAGUUAUUCCAAGUAUAAACACAAGCGUCUCACAGCAACCAUUCAACAUAUGAUCCAACAUUAAUAUAUAUGUUCAACUGAGAUCUUUCUUCAAUGCCCGACCAUGGCUGAGACCUUUUCUCUCGAAUCGAUCUUAACGUUAAACAGAUGAGCCUUUUUUCAAGGUCGGGUCAGUCACAACUUGAGUUUUAAGAAUCUUCAAUGUGUCUUAUAAAUUUAUU